GAUCACGUGUUAAAUUUGUAUUUAUUCUUUGACAAAAAAUUCAGUGGUCUAAUUCAGUCUAAUUAGCCAGUGAUGGAAAUAAUAAUAUACUUUUGCAGUGAAAAAAUAUUAUCGAUUUUUUAACGAAAACGCUAACUCUUAAAAAUGGUUUAAAUAUUAAUUCUGUCUUUCUGAUGCGCAGUGUUAUUUAACCUUUAUUUUGAUGUUUUAAUAUUUUGGAGUACAAAUUACUCAUUAACAAAUGAGAAGAGUGAUGUGAUAAUAAUAACCAAAGAGAAGAUUAAAGAACAGAAGGUGUCAACAAAACUGAAAGACAAACAUUCGGUUAACAUUAGAGUGAAAUAAAAUCCACUCUAAAUAAAAAAAAUUUAAUAUUCUGGAGAAUAUAAAAAAAUAUACAGAAUAAACAUGAGUACAUUGAUAUUAACCAAGGGACAACAACGACAAAGCUUAUCGGCCAAAAAAGGACGACCUGCCAAGGGUUUACGGAAUAUUCUGGCACAACCUUUUGAAAAUUAUUGGCCUAUUGUAAGCACAGACAAAUAUCCAACAUUAAUAACUCUGAUGAAUGAGCUAUUGCCCUUAAUAAAACGGCCAACAUUUAAAAUUCCUGGAUCUAUGCUUAGACAUGUGCAAAAAGAAAAACGUAUAUUAUUAAGGAAAGAAGAAUUAGAAAAAGGGGUCAAGCCUGAUGAACACAUACUGAAAUUUGUGAUUUUGGGAAUUAAUGCAGUUACCAGAGCUCUAGAGAAAAAUGAUGUAUGUUGCAUCUUAUUGGAUGCUAAUGUAGAACCGCCUCUCUUAAUAAAACAUAUUGUUGUUAUGGCACAGAACAAAAAAAUACCUAUUCUUUUGUUACCUGUUUUGAAAACAAUCACACUAGAAAAGAUUGGGUUUGCCACAGCAGCUUUUGCCUUGAAGAAUGAUGUAAUAUUGCAAUCUUCGGAGAAUGUGUUCCAUGCAUUAUAUAAAUCCAUUGCAGAAGUAUUUAAAGACUUUGAACCAUCAAAAUGUUCACUCCAACUUUUUAAACCUGACGAAACAUCUGAAGCAAGUACAGAUUGCAAUCCUACUUCGAACAUUCCUAAACAAGAAAAGCCUGUUGUAUUUACAGAUGUGUAUAAAUAUAGAUCUUCACGAACAGAGAGAGCUUUCAUACCAUCAAGUGUCAGCAAAAGUUCUCAAGUCUUUCAAACACCAUCAAAUGAAUUUAUUGCUUUAAGUAGUGAUGUUGACUUUGCUAAUAAUAAAAAUUCUAUGGGUUUAUUAAGCAAUAAAAGAUAUGUAAAUAUCAACAAAGAGGAAAAAGAACUUGAGAAUAUAGAAAAAGAUAAUAUCAAAUUUUUGGAAGAAUCAAAAUCAAACAACACAGAUUCAUUGCGAUAUACAGAACGUUAUGUGCCAGAAAAGCGUAAGAAUGAUGAUGUUACUUAUUUACCAUUAAAAAUAAAACGUAUACAAGGAAACAGCAAUCGAAAAAAAGCAACUAAAUUUGCUAAAAAGAAAAAGAAAUAAUGUAUUUACAUUGCAAUUUUUGAAAAAUAAGACAAUAUCUUAUAUGUUGAUGCUCGUGAACAAAUAUAAAUCGAAUUAUGUAAAUAAUGUAUAUGAUUACAUGAUUAGAAAAAUAGUAAAAAAAUAUAA